AUGGAAACGACAUCGUUCGAACCUUCCCUUCCAAACAAUUCCUUUCUGUUUGACAUCUACAACGAUGGUCAACCCGCGCGAACCACCCCAAGCCUCCCUGGAGGACCAUGCCACUUCGCCGACACAACACCUGGCGCCAAUGGACCCCGAUGUGGUUGCCGCCGCUUCUGGAGCAGGCACCCGGCAAUGAGAGGUUCUUUUCCGGAAAAUUUCAACCUUGAUCAGGCCGGAUGGUGCAUGUGCUCCCAUCACGCGUGCUACCAUGACGAGUUCCAGCCUGGCCAAGUCCCGUCCGGAGCGGGGGAGGCCGUUGCCGGCCAGGAGAAUGAGAGGCCCAAGCUAAACCGGGAGCCGCUGAGUCCAGUCCAGGAUAUGGGAUCUUUUCGCAUGCCUUCUAACCUUGAUGCGUCUCUGGAUCUUAACUUCCUGGAGUUUCCUGCUGCUUUCUCGUGCAGUCGGCCCGAUGCUGCGAACCCGCAGCAGCAAGCCGUCAAUGCAAGCCCAGGACAGGACAAUUCAAUGCCCGAUACCAUGAGUUGGGGGAGCUUUCUCCAACCCCAAGGUGGCGACGCUGAUGCACUGCCGCCUAUUCCCCCCCAAUGUUUGAUGGCCUCCCAACCGCCAUCCACGGCCUCAUCUAGCCAGACCAGAUAUCUUCGCCCGUUUGCGGGCAAAGGCUUGGAGACACUCAGUGGUGUAUCUGCCACCAGACCGCUGGAAUCUCUGCUUGAGCAAAGGACGGGCAGUUUGGUAGCAAAUGAUAUUCUCCGUGGUAUUGCCGGCUCGGCCAGGCCUGCAGCCCAACUCACUCAGGAAGUGGAGGACGGGCUGUCCCCCUCAACCGUGAAGGGGAUAAACCCCGAGGACUUUCAGCACCUGUCGAGCACUGUUCAAAGCCACGAGCAACGCUUGGAUCGGCUAGAGAAUGUUUCCUUUUCCGUGGCCGGUCACGAGGAAUGCCAGGAGAAGCACGAUCAUGCGGAUCUCCGAGUGACGGAGCUGGAGUCGCGGGUUGAGGAAGUGGAGAAGCUCCUCAGCAACGACACCAGCAGCCUUGGAAGCACUCGGAGGGUUACCCAGCGCGAUGUGGCCGAUGACGCGACAGCCAGCGUCGUCUCUGUCUCGUCAAGCAUCACUAAUACUCCCACGCGCCGGUCUGAGAUGUUCAGUCAGCUCCAGGCCUUGCAGGCUCGGGUUAAUCAACUUCAGGCUUCAGCUUCCCCCUCAUAUAACAACCCAUGGGAGCUGGAAGUUGUCUUCCUGCCUUUUCCACUGAAAGGAAUAUGGAUGGAAGCCCACGACUUCCCGAGUCAAACCCAACCCGGUGCUCCAGGCAGCAAUGCCGACGAGUGGACCCAGCUGCCCAAUACCGCCAGCAGGCCUAGCCCGGAUUCACCUAUACCCUAUGCGAGGGCUACUGUCAGCCAAUCCCCCGGCUCGGAUUGGCUCCUUCCCCGGGCCUGUGCGCCGGGUCGCAUGAUCGAUAGGCGGCUGAGGAGCAGGGGCCUCAUCAAGACCGUCUACGUCAAAGGACCCGACGCCCGGAGUGUUCAACUCGCCAUCAAUACGGCCUUCAGUGACGUCUUACGCAUCAUCCCCACUAGCAAGAGUUCCCGGGCGCUGAUUCAUCGAUCUGCCAAUGACGAAGACCCUCGACUGUCAUCGGCCCUUGGUCUACAGCAAGCCUGGGUACCAUUACGCAAGAUCCACAAGGACUCACGGCUUCGCUUCUUGACACCGGCCGAGAUGGUCACGCCGACCUUGUGGGAUGUUGCUUUCCUUGUCUCUAGCAUCGUAAUGAAGGCGAGCGGGGUGCAGCGCCUUUAUGUUACCCAGCGAGAAGCGUAUCUGCAAGACCAUCCCCUCGGGUUCGAGGCUUUCGAGUCGGGCUGGACUUGGCGGAAGCUACGGGAACUGACGCGGGUUUAUCCGGACUCUCAGAGCAGUAGCAAUGGCGAGAUACCGGAAGCCGACGCUCUGGAGGAAUGCUGGACUUGGAAUGAUCGGCUGGACGACGAGCCGCUGUCCCAACCUUCGUCCCUAAGCCUCCGCCAAGCACAAACCCGCAGAUCUUUGGGGCGCUCGUCGACGUCGUCACCUCAACAAUUCUUCACAGGAGUGCAAUCCCCAAGCCUCUCUGCUAGCCCUGUUGCAUUGCGGGCACACUCCCCCCUGGUCUUGAAGGAGCGAAAGGGUUCGCGUCCGCCCCAUGUCCGUACGAAUUCGAUUCCACCAACGGCUCCUAUCCUUCAAUCCCCGUCCCAGCCAAAACGUCGAGUCUCGUCGUACGGAAAUGUCAGCAAUCAGCUGUAUGAGCGCCGGUCGUCGCCAUUUUUCCGCCGAUCCAGCCCUCGCCUUCCCAUGACGACACCAGCGAACUCAAGCUCCGUUAUGAAACGCCGGCAGAGUACAAGGUCGCCUAGUCUCAUACCCCGCAAUACACCACGCUGGAGCCGAAGCAGUAUGAGUCGCAGUCCGAGCCUGGCACCCUUUGGUCCCGGAUUCGGCGAUGAUCGAGGCGAUCGCAGGACAACACCGUUCUGUUACGCCACACCGUACAGCAACGCGCCUCCCGAACCAUACCCGGGCCACAGGGCCGGCAGCCUCCCCUUGCGUCUUCCCUGGAGGGACGUGGAUCCCGAUAUCGACGUGUACGAGGACGAACCUGACGAGCUAGACCACGUGGACACGGACGGCGAGGAUGAGGAGAAGGGUGAGCCAGUGUGGCGUGACGAAAGGCUGCAGGCCAUGCAUCUAGCCGAGCAAGGCCACGGCCACGGUCAGGCGCAGGCCUUGGCUACUACCCUGCCCGAAGACGAGCCGUGGCCCGGCAUCGAAGACAAGAUGUCUGAUGGGGAGAAUGUCGACCCCCUCUCGGUCGAGACCAACGAGGUCGACGUGGAGAUUGACGACGCCGCGGGCAUUGAUGAUGGCAGCGAUGUCAGCAGUCAACCGUCGGAAUAUCCCAGCACCCAACGUGCUUGGCACGUGACGGAUGAUGCCCCUGAUAAUCGCGGCGACAGUAGGAUCGGCUUUAAGAUCCACGAGGACGGUGAUGCUGAUAUUGCCGGGAUGGGAACACAAUGGGACUGA